CACACACACACACACACACACACACACACACACACACAUUCGUCUCAGUUAGCCUUUGCAACAAAAGGCGAGGCGCUUUCUGAGCUCCACAGUGCUUUGAAAGUUGCAGGCUCUGAUUUAUUUAUUGAACCAAGUGGAUGGAAAUCAAUUUUGAUCGCCUGCGAUUGCUGAAACACUUUGUUUUAUUUCUUUUUACUCUUCUUCAGUCUGCAGGAUUUUUUUUUAUUUCUUUCCUCCCCCCCGGUGGCCCGCAGCUUAACUCUGUAAGAGGAUUCCUUCGCACUAAAGACUUCACCACCUCUCCGCAUCGACCCCGCCCCUCUCAGCCAGUCGGCAGCGACAUGGAUGAAAGCGCCGUGAGAUUCGUGUUGGAGCGUCGCGUGUGCCUGAGCCUCAGAAAAGUUCUUCAGCUGAAGCUGCAACAAAGAAGAAGCAGAGAAGCGGUGGAGAGCGGUGGAGCCAUGCCUCCACUUAAAAGUUCAGCCGCCUUCCACCAGCAGAGACGGGCCUCGGAUCAAGCACAGGCUGAGGAAGGUCACAAGCAGAAGGUCAGGACUGAGUCAGGGAGUCCCGAGGCGAUCAGGAUGCGGAUCCUGGAUGGGAAGCUUCAAUCCAAACACGUUCAGCACAGGAACGUUCGCCUCGCUGACGACUCGAACAACAAGGUCGCCCACAGAGCAGGGCCCGUGGAGCUGGUCCACAGAAACGUCCUGCCUGUGGACGCGUGUUUCAGACAGGCCGUCACGCAGAGGCGGUUUCCGAAGCCCUCGGGGGGGAACUCGUCAUGCGACGAGGACAGUAAUGACAGCCUGUCUCCACGUCAGUCAGAAAGCCGGGAGCGUCCUCUGGGCAUUCAACCUUCAGCAGAGAAACCGACCGGCAGCAACCUCGCCUCUCCAGCUGAGGUUCCUCCAUUACGUCUUCCUUUUCAUCUCUCCUCCACUCGUCCAAACUCCUGUGUGCGGAAGACUUAUAGAGUCCCUGAAAUUAAGUCCCAUCACCCCUCCACCCAGAAGCUCAAAAAGCCAAAGGCCAGUGCACCAAAGGCCAGUGCACCAAAGGUAAAGAAGCUGAAGUACCAUCAGUACGUUCCUCCUGACAAGAAGGGAGACGCCGGGCCUCUUCCCGAUCUGGACUCCUCCCAUGCCAAAAUCCUCCAGCAGCAGCAGCUCUUCCUCCAGCUUCAGAUCCUCAGUCAGCAGCACCACUGCCACGCCCCGCCGCCCGCGGAUCAGGACCCGCCUCCUUCCUCUUCCCUGUCUGACUUGACCUCCACUUCCUCCUCUCCUCGCAUCCACAUCGGUCCAAGUUCUGGGACAAAAGUCCCAUCGCUCCAUCUGAAUCUGGACGAAAUGAAGGUCGCAGAACUAAAGUGCGAACUGAAGCUGCGCAGGUUGCCCGUCUCCGGCACCAGGAAGGAUCUCAUUGAGAGGCUCAGGACGCACCAGGAACUGGGCCGAGGCGGUACCGCCACUCCAACAGCAGGGGGAGCCAGAGAGCCAGAGCUGGCGAGAGCGAGACCCUGUUCCAAAGCAGGCGGCGGUUUCAAUGCGAGUGAGCCGUCUCCUCUGCGGCUCUUGAUGCGUGAUGGACCCCUCCUGCCGAACGGCGCCAAUCCAGUCAGCUUUAACUCUGACCCACUGGAGGAACUGAUGAGCUCUCCUGCCUCUGAUCCCUUGCCGGCGCCGCUGUCGGCUGCCGUCAAACCGGAGCACCGACGCUCCGGCCCGGCGCCUUGUCGUUUCUCCUUAAAGUCCACCUCUCUGCCGGAACGCGGCUCGGUCUCUUCGACGGCCCCCGCCAUUGCCGCAGCAACUCCUCCUGCGACUGUUGACAAGGACAGAAUGCUGCAGGAGAAAGAUCAGCAGAUUGCGGAGCUCACCAGGAUGCUGUUGCUGAAUCACAGGUUGGUGGAGGAGCUGAGAAUGCAGCUGGGAAACGGUGACCGAGACGCUCCGGAGGCGCACAUUCUCAAAAGAGUGAAGGAGGAACCUCCCGAUCGGUCAACAAGUCCUCCUCUAGUUGUUCUCCGUGGAAAGGAGGUGACAACCAUCAAGGAGGAAACCAUGGAGGAAGAGAUAGCAUCCAAGAUGUCGCCGCAGUCGUCUGGCCCAGCUCCACAGCCUCACAGUCAGACGCAUCCUCAGCUCCAGCAGGAGCAGGUUUGCCUCCAGGACUCUGCUCGGCAGCUGGCCCAGCAACAGGCCAUCAGUAGGCUGCGGCUGAUGCAGCGUAACACUGACAAGCCGCAGCACGCCGCUCAAAGCGUCAGCCGGGAGGCCCACCAAAAACCCCGUCUGCAGAAGCAAAGGAGAUCUCAGAAACGGCAACUAGAGACGCAGUCUGAGCAGCGUCGCCCCCAGCCGGAGAAAACCAGGCCGAAGCGACAGGUUCUGCUGAGGGAACAAGAGAGCGUCGCCAAGAAGCACCAGCAGCAGAACAACAAACUGCAACCCGUCCAGAUGCAGAGCAGGAUGCAUCCGCAGCAGCAGGACCUUCUGAACAAUGGCGCCCGCCCAGCCGUGGUUGGUGACAGCAAGAGGACGCCCAUCCUGAUUUCUUUGACCAAUCACAUUACAGGAAAGGCGUCAAAUCAUGAUGCAUCUCAGUUCUUUAAUGACGUCACGUCAUUAAAGAACAAGAAUGAGGAACGUCAGAAAUGUGUGGAGCUGCAGGAAGCAGCAGCUCCCAGGCUGCAGUCUCCUCAAACGUGGAAGAACUCCCCAUCACCUUUCUGUCAAACUGAGAUGUUUCCAGGUCUGGAUGUCUUGUUGAGUCCUCUGUCGUCAGAUUCGGUCGAGACGGCAGCCUCGCCGUCUCACGAUAAACUGAGAGACGAGGAUUUCAUCGACCUCAUCCUGCAGGCCGGAGAAACACCCGAAGCACUGAAAGACGGCAGAGGCUUCUCGUUUUCUUCACCGUGCCCGUCGCCGCUCCACCUGCUGUUGUCGCCGCCCAACUCCCCUUGCAGUGCUGCGCUGCGACACGACUCCCCUCUGCAGCCCGGACCCUGGACUCCAGCCAAAAGCUCGGAUUAUAAGCAACACUCCGAUCUGUGUGGCGGCGGACGCCUUGAGGACUUCCUGGAAGGUUUCCCCGGGAAGCCUCUCCACGGGGCGGAACCAGGCGGCCUCCCCACUUUGCUUGACGACCAAAUGAUGUGCACCACCUGCAUCCUGGACCCAGCUCCCAGGGAUUCCUCGGACAGUAAGGCGUGGCUGGGCUUCCCCGCGGGAGGAGAGCGCGAAUGGGAAACGUCCACACUGCUGCCCCAAACGCCCCCGAGUGUGUUCUCAGCAGACUUCCUGGACGCAUCCGACCUUCACAUGGACUGGGACUCCUGAACGUAGCUGGAAACAGCCAGACAAGCAACUCAAAAGUCUAGUCUGCACCCGACGUUUCAGGAUUUAAGCCAUUUCUCAUUCUGCCAUAUUCAGUCUUAAAUAGUUUUCACUUUUAUUUAUUUUGUUGACUUGCUAAUACUCCUCAGGCUGGUCCUACAGAUGGUAACCUAGUAGUCAGCUGGACACUGGAAAGGUUUCUGUGCCUUUAGCUCCGGUCAGUGGUGGGCACUGCUUAAAAGUUAGCUGCUCUAACCCUGACCCGCUAAUCUUAAACCUUAGCUGCGCUCAGUGGCGCAAAAACGACGUGGGGGAUUUUUUCUUUGUCAGCAUUUUAUUUACUUAACAGCUUAGCUUAAGCUGCCCACAAUGACAGGCGGUUGUUGUUGUCUAUGAUUUAUUUCGUGUUGCUAUAAAUGUGUGAUAAACACUCCUAUCACACACAUCUCAACAACAAGUUUAAUAAUUAUGACCAAAGCGAAACAUGGGAAACAGUAAGGUCAGCCAAAUUGUCGUUGCGGGACCUAAAUAGGCAUCAUUUUAUUAACACGAUAUUUAUUUUAUUGUUUUUUUUUUUAUUUUUUAAAAGGAUUCUUUCACACUGUGAUGACAUCUGUGAAUGUAACCAUGUAGAAAUCCCACUACUCCGUCUCACGGGAGCAACUCAGACACGUUCAACACUGAAGCCCGAGUAUAUGGAAGUUGCUGUGUUUGUCGUUGCAGUGAAAAUCGCACCACCACGACGGCAAAUUUGAUUUAUCAUCAAUAAAUUCCUGCCAAUGAACGACUGAAUGAUCAGGCGCACGUUUAAUCGACAGACUGGAAUAGAAAAUAACUACUGCGUCAAAAGUUCCUUCACGUUCAUUUGCUGUAGGAAAAACAAAUGCAUCAAAAGGGAAUUACAAUUUAGUUGCAGUUCA